AUGGCUCGAUCGUGCCACUCAACCGACAAUCGAGACAAGAUAUUUGCACUUUUCGGAAUGCUCGACAUCACCUCGAGACAUGAUCUGAGAGCCGACUACACGGCUCCCGUACAAAGAGUGUAUACAGAAAUUGCGGUCUACUUUAUCCGCCGCUACAACACCCUCGACAUACUAUCAUUUGUCGAGCAUCCCUCGAACAUCGACGGCCUCCCCUCGUGGGUCCCUGACUGGAGCAAGCCCCCGCGGCUACCACCGCUGGGCCGCACUCGCGCCCUUCCCAGGGUGAACCACCACGUUCCAGCCAUCUCAGACCUCCCUCCUCCGCAGACCAAAUGGGACUUAUCCAGGCUCGCCGUCAAGGGUCGAGUGGUCGAUAUUGUGCGUGUAGUGUCGCCAACCCACGCCCUUAAGCCAUCCAGCACUGUCUGGGAGGACGAGCGUCUCGGGUCUCACACCGACAUUGCUACAUUAUGGCGCCUCUUCAAAUGGGAUGCAUUCGCCCGCCUCGAGUAUCCCGUUCCCUACAAUAUCGCAGUUGACACCGCCCACUGGGUCCCCCUUCAGCUCGUGCACUACCCCUUCGGCACCGAGGUGCGCGGCGUCGGCUCGCUCUACCACGGCUUCGCAUUGGACGCUCAGCUCUGCACUCGCGAGAUCCGCAACCUACUGCGCAAGGCCGAAGCUAUUGGCCGUGGGCGCGCUUUCCUGUGGGGAGCUGCGUCUAUAGGCUUGGGCCCGCGGGAGACGCAGGCAAAUGACUUGAUUGUCUUGCUGGAGGGCAGCCUGCGGCCGGUCGUGCUACGCAGGCAGCAGACCGGCCUCGCGCUGGUGGGAGAGUGCUACUAUGAGCCGACUGCGCAGACAAAGAUGCUGCGCCACCAGUGCUGCUGGCAUGUGGUUGGGGGGCGGAGGAGGUGCCAUAGGUGCGAGGUGUUGGCGUACCAAGCGCGAACACCAGUGCAAGAGAUGAUUCUGGUGUGA